AUGAGGCAAACAAUGUUGGUGACGAUGGUUUUAAUGGUGUUACUGAGUGCAGCGAGUGCUAUGAAUGUUGUGUUUUACAUCAAUGCAAUUGGGAAGAGUCAUCUGGAUUUCAGUGAUUCUUUGGUGGAUAGUCUCGUGGAUAAAGGACAUACUGUGGAUGUCAUAAUAGCUCGAAUGAAUGAUCAAGUCACCGGUCAAGGGAAAAGUAAAGCUGAGAGGUUCUUUGUUUUUGGAUUCAAAAAUGGGAGUGACUGGAACAAAAUGCAUCAUCUGACGAAUACGUUUGAGGAAAGAGAAUUUCCAAUUAAUGGGUUUAGACCUUACACUCUCAUCGGAAAUAAUCUUUGUGAAAUUGCAUUGAAUGAUCCGAAGCUUUAUGAGUUCUUAUCGUACAGGAAGUACGACAUUGGAAUAGUUUCUACUUUUGAUUAUUGUGGUGUUGGAAUUCUGAAACAAACUGGAAUUCCAUCAGUUACCACAUUUAAUGCAGUUCCGAUUAUGCCUAUUCAAACUGUUACAAUUGGACUUCCGAAUGCUGCUUCUCAGAAUCUUCCACUGUUCUACACUUUUGAUCUCUCCACUUUAUAUGGAAGAUUCUGGAAUUUAAUCAGUUGGACGUACAUCAAUUUGAUUCAAAUUCCAACUCUGAAAAAGGAACAAGAACUUUUGUUUCGAAAAAGAUACGGAAACGAUUUCAAUAUCGAAGAAACAGUUAGAAAAGUGGAUAUCACUUUCAUAAAUUCUAAUGAAGUAAUGGAAAAACCAAGACCUCUUCAUCACAGAAUUCAGUAUAUUGGAGGAAUCAAUUUGAGAAAUCCAAAUCCGGUGGACCAGAAACUGGAUAAAUUGCUGUUUAGAUCAGGAAAUGGAACGAUUAUUUUCAGUUUCGGAACUCAAGUUCCAGGACGCGCGUAUCCGAGAUAUGCGGUCAAGAACUUUUUGAAUGUUUUCAAAAAGUACCCCGGGUACACAUUUCUGUGGAAGUACGAUGUGCAACCAGGAGAGGAGGAAAUGUUCGAGGAAGCCAAGAACAUUGUUUUGCUGGAUUGGCUACCUCAGACUGAUCUUCUAUACGAUCCACGUGUCAUCGGUUUCAUCUCUCAUGUUGGGUUGAACUCAUUCAAUGAGGCAUCAUAUGCAGGAAAACCAAUUAUAGCCAUCCCUUUGUUUGCUGAUCAACCACACAACGCAUUAAAUGGAGUUGCUCGAGGGACAACCUACAUGUUGAACAAGGCACAACUGACAGAAGAGAAUAUUGAAAAAGGACUGAGAGCGAUUCUUUUUGAUAAAUCAUAUCAAAAAAACGCGAAGAGACUACAAAAAAUGUUAGUGGAGAAACCAGCACAACCGAAAGAACGAUUCGUUCAAUGGAUGGAGUACGCUGCAGCCAAUCCGGGACUUCAUAACGUUUUUGAACUUCCUGGAGCAAGAAUGGGAAUUAUCGAGUAUUAUUGUAUUGAUGCUAUCUUUGUGUCACUAUUAGGAGUUGUCUUGGGAUUGUAUUCAGUUGUGAAAAAGGAAAAUCCAGAAAUUUCGAAAGAUCGUUUCAUCAUGUGGGUCGAAUUCGCUCCUGCUGCCAAUCCAGGACUUCAUAAAACAAUCAGGUUACCCGGUGUAGAGAUGAUCAAUGAAAAUCAUCAACAGGUUAUUAUUGGUUUGAUUUAUAGUAUUGUCGCUCUUUUGGUCUUUCCAUUUUACAUACCCAUCAUCUACGCGCUCUACGUUAAUAAAGAACUCAAUGAAAACAUAUCUUAUAAAUUGAUUAAUUUUCUAAACAUCGGUGAUUUCUUACAAUCUGUUAAUCAUAUUUUAACGGGAAUUUUCAUUAUUUUCCCUAUAUUCACGAAGAGAAUCAAUCCGAUUGUUAGAAUAAUAGGCUAUACUGCUAAUACGUUGUGGACGUCAAGCUUUGUUAUCAUUGCAAUACUGGCCUUAACUCGUCUCGGAAUUACAUUUUUUCGGAUCAAGUCAAACAAAUGGGCACUUUGGAUGAAGAUUCUAUUGUUUUUUGGAAGUCUCUAUAUUUUUGUAAUAUGGAUAAUCGGAUGCAUAAAUCUCAAUUUUGAACUUUUCGGUGUCGCUUGGGCAUAUGACAUGACAGUUGUCUACACCGAUAUUCUGUCGCCAUUAGAAUUCUAUUUUUGUUUUCCAAUUUUGGUUCUCAGCUUCACAUCUUAUAUACUCAUCAUCGGAAACAUUUAA